AUGUCACCAAUUGGUACGAAUGGUCUAUUUCGUGCCACAAUGAUUCAUACAAUGAAUGCUUUACGUGAAAAUUCUGAUUUGUUACUUAGUACAAUGAAUGUUUUUAUUAAAGAACUACUUAUGGAAUGGAUGGAACAUGCAUUUAAAACAAGUAAACAAGUUUCACAAAGUGAAUCACCUACGAUUCGUUCUGAUGAUACAUAUGCUAAAGGUCGAAUAAAAAGUGCACGAUUGAAACUUAAUGGAAUUAAUCCAGCAGUUAUUACUGGUUCUGAUCUUAAAUUAAAUAAUUUUCUUCUUCCAUCAAGUUUGAAAGAAGCACUUCGUCAAAUGGAAAAAGUUGUUGGUGGUGAUCAAACACAAAAUAAACGUGCACAAAUUCUAAUGCAAUAUGAACCAAAUCGUUAUCAUAAAUUAACAGUUGAUGAACAAAUUGAUUGUAUUAUUGAUCAGGCAACUGAUAUUGAUAUACUUGGUCGAUCCUGGGCGGGUUUAGAAACAUUUAUGUAA